AUGGAAAUGAAAAAUUUUACUGGAGGUGAAAACCUGCAAACAGCUGUAGAAUUCUUCUGCUCUGCAGAAUUUACUGGAGAGGUACAUGGCGAGCUCAUUUUUCUCUCUGUCGUUAAUACUUGUUUGUCCAUUACAGCAUUUUUAGGGAACGCUCUGAUCCUAGUUGCCCUACACAAGGACACAUCAAUUCAUCCGCCGUCCAAACUCCUGUAUCGUAACCUAGCGAUAACUGAUCUUUGUGUUGGUAUCAUGGGGGAGCCUCUGUAUGUUGCUUGUAUGAUGUCUGUGGUGAACAAAAGAUGGGCUAUAUGCUAUUACGCAUGUUUGGCAGUAUAUUUCGCAGGUGUUACUUUGUGUGGAGUGUCGUUGAUAACACUGACUGCAAUAAGCGUGGACAGACUUCUCGCUUUGCUACUGGGUCUCAGAUACAGACAAGUUAUAACUUUGAAAAGAACAUGUUUAAUUGCUAUUGGUGGUUGGAUUGUGUCCAUUGUCGGUGCAUCUAUCUCCUUUCUUAAUCUUCGUAUAUUUUCAUUGUACCAAUAUAUUGCUACAGCUUUUUGUUUAGUUACUACAAUCUGUGCCUACAUAAAAAUUUUCAUGUCUCUGCGUCAUAACCAAAUUCAUGGUCAGAACCAUGUUGUUCAAGGACAAUCGAGCCAUGCAAAUACACUGAAUAUAGCU